CGCAUGCGUAGUUAGUUCAGCCGAAAUCCAAGAUGGCGGCCUCUGCKAUGUGUUUUCGUCAAGUUGGCCGUCUUUUAACCAAAAAUGCCACUCUACGAAGUCUCCCAUCCGUUUCUAGUGUUAGAUAUCUGCGUCGGCUACCAGAAGCAGAAAUUCACAAGGAAAUCCAAACAGAAAGGUUGCCUGGUAAACUAGCAGACAUGACGGGAACAGUUAUGUACCCAGAUGAGAAGUCUGCCAAAUGGGAUAUAGAUGAACCAAUACCAGAGAAGAUGGUAACAAACAUGACUAUCAACUUUGGUCCCCAACAUCCUGCGGCUCAUGGAGUGCUCAGGCUUGUGUUGGAACUAGAUGGAGAGGUUGUAGUCAGAGCUGAUCCUCAUAUAGGGCUGCUACAUCGUGCCACAGAGAAGCUCAUUGAGUACAAAACAUAUCUUCAGGCACUGCCAUACUUUGAUCGACUGGAUUAUGUCUCUAUGAUGACAAAUGAACAAGCCUACUCCCUUGCUGUGGAGAGAUUACUAAACAUUGAGAUCCCUGAGAGAGCUAAAUGGAUUAGAGUUCUGUUUGGAGAGAUAACAAGGAUUUUGAAUCACAUAAUGGGAGUAACCACACAUGCUCUAGAUGUUGGUGCCAUGACUCCAUUCUUUUGGAUGUUUGAGGAGAGAGAAAAGUUGAUGGAGUUUUAUGAGAGAGUAUCUGGUGCUCGUUUACAUGCUGCUUAUGUAAGACCUGGAGGUGUUUCUCAGGAUAUGCCUCUGGGUUUGAUGGACGAUAUUUAUGAAUUCAUUGAGAAGUUUCCUCAAAGAUUAGAUGAAGUGGAAGAGAUGUUGACGAACAACAGAAUUUGGAAACAACGAACAGUUGAUGUUGGUGUGAUUUCAGCAGAAGAUGCUCUCGCUUAUGGAAUGAGUGGUGUAAUGCUGCGAGGAUCAGGUAUCAAGUGGGAUCUGAGGAAAACACAGCCAUAUGAUGCAUAUGAUAAAGUGGAUUUUGAUGUUCCCAUUGGAAAAAAUGGUGAUUGCUUUGACAGAUACUUGAUAAGAAUGGAGGAAAUGAGACAAAGCCUUGAUAUCAUCCUACAGUGCUUGAACAAAAUGCCCCCAGGUGAAAUCAAGGUGGAYGAUGCUAAGAUAUCUCCUCCAAAACGAAGGGAAAUGAAGGAAUCAAUGGAAGCCCUGAUCCAUCAUUUUAAACUUUACACUGAAGGCUAUCAGGUGCCAGCAGGAGGCACAUACACAGCCAUUGAAGCCCCUAAGGGGGAGUUUGGAGUUUAUUUAGUUGCUGAUGGUACCAGCAAGCCCUACAGAUGUAAGAUCAAGGCCCCAGGAUUUGCUCAUUUG